UGGUAGAGAAGCCAAGAGAUCCACGCAACGCAGCCUGGACACAGUUCAGUUCAAGAACUUCCACAGCUGAGAGCAGCUUGAAGAGUGACGAUGGAACCAAUGAAGACAAUCUUGUUUUUAACCACAAUCAUCAGAAUCAGUUCUCAGCAACAAUAUGGAGGCUGUGGAGGGACGUUCACGCAGCCUUCUGGUUCCUUUUCUUCGCCAUCAUAUCCCAGCAGCUACCCCGACAAUCAAGAUUGCAUCUACAUCAUCCGAGCGGCGCCUGGGCGUCGCGUGACCCUGACAUUCGUGACUUUUCAACUUGAGCCUGGCCCCACUUCCGGUGCCUGCCAUGACUACGUGCAGAUUCGAGAAGGCGACUCUGUGGCGUCCCCCACUCUGGGUACCUAUUGCAACACGACAGUUCCUCCUAAAGUAAGGUCAAUGGCGAACACCUUGUGGGUCAAAUUCUAUUCUGACUCCUCUGUGUCCAAACCUGGCUUCCAGGCGACCUACUCCACAGGAAUCAUUCCCCAGAAGUUUCUGUUGAUGACAAACACGUAUCUCCAUGCCAUUCACCGCAUGGACGUGGACACCGGAAGUAACUUCGUCAUCCCAAUAGACGGCCUGUCAAACCCUAUUGGCAUCGACUACGACCCAGUGGAUGGUCGACUAUACUGGACGGACGUCAUUGAAAAGACGAUUCGCUCCGCAAACCUCGAUGGCAGUGGCGUGCGCCUCGUCAGGAAUCUUGGCCCUCAGGCAAUGCCGGAUGGACUUGCAGUGGAUUCAGCAUCGAGGCUUAUCUUCUACACUGAUGCAGGAAAUAACAUCAUUGCCAUGAUUGCCAUCAGCAGCUACCACCACAGAGUUGUCGUUGAUUCCAACCUUGAUGAACCUAGGGCCAUAGAACUGGACAAACUCAAUGGGGUGAUGUACUGGAGCGACUGGGGCGCCACCCCUAGAAUAGAGCGAGCCAACUAUGACGGCACUGGACGCAAGACUCUGGUGUCAGGGUUCCAGUACCUGCACUGGCCAAACGGUCUGGCUCUGGACACAGUCGCUGGAAGGCUCUAUUGGGCAGAUGGAUUCGCGGACAAAAUUGGCUGGACAGACCUGGAGGGCACAAAUGUCUCAGUCAUUACCUUCCUUCCAGGGAGACAUAUGUUUGGUCUGGACAUUUAUCUCAACGAACUCUUCAUUACAGAUUGGGGCAUGAAAAUUGUGCAACCGUCUACAACCUCCUACAUCCAUCGCAUCAGUGCUGAUGGGAAAGCUGUAAAAACUAUUGGAAGUGUUGGUGGAAGAUUAAAUGACAUACACAUCUACUCAGAAGAAAUGGGUCUCAAUGAACUGAAUGGAUGCGGUAACAACAAUGGUGGCUGCGACUACAUCUGUAUACCUGCACCUGGGAACACCAGCCAAUGCUUGUACCCGGAUGGUAUCUCUCCAGUCGUCACCACGAAGGCCAUUGCCACGCCCAGUACCAACGCUAACACAGUCACUUUUGAUGACGUCAGAUUCACCACACCCGUCACCAGUGUCACAACCACCACUACCAGAGCCACAACCACCACUAACAGACCUACAAGUGAUGUCAGCACAGUCUUAACUGCCAUCAGCAGAGUCACUGCUGGCCACACUGUGGUCCCAGAUGACGUCCACACAACUACAACUGGCGUCCAUGACGUCAUGUCAGGCGUCACCAACUUGAGUGGUGGCAUCAACACAAAUCACGGUUCCGAACCUCUUGGCAUCAGCACAAGUAUCUUCAUAUUUAUCAUCGGCUGUGUCAUCUACAUCCUUACAAUUGCUUCAUGCGCCACCAUCAUCCUCGUCGUCGUCAAAAAAAAAAACUGUAAGAUUGCGACAAUUGUUGUAAACCUUUGUGAGCGUCAUCAGGCGAUGUAUAAAUCCCACGUUCUUGAUCACAUAUGUAUGUGUAUGCAUGUAUAGUGUAUAAAAGAACGC